UGAACAGUUAUGGUUCUCCAGAGGAUGCGCUCUGCUCACCCCUCCUUAACCUCCCCGCCAGUUUAAUCUGUUUUUUUUCUCUCCAUCUUUUAAUUGAUUUUUGGUGUUUCAGUUCGUUAUUGACCGUUAUAGAAAGAAAUAAAAAAAUUCCAGAGGGUCUCCAAUGGCUACGAGAUCCAGAUUACAGUGAGAAAUUUAGCUCUCGAAAUGUCUGAAGGAACAAGUAUGGUGAUGGAAUCUUCUGAAAACGGCACUAAUUUAUCUCAAGAUGAUACUGGAACUAUUGUUGAAAUGCCCGAGUCAACAAUAUUGUCACAGCAAACUUCUGUGAAUCUCGUUCCGUUUAUCGGCCAAAGGUUCAUAUCACAGGAUGCUGCUUAUGAAUUUUAUUGCAGUUUUGCCAAACAAUGUGGUUUCUCAAUCAGACGCCAUCGAACUCGAGGAAAAGAUGGGGUUGGGCGAGGAGUAACGAGAAGGGAUUUUACUUGCCAUCGAGGCGGAUAUCCGCAGAUGAAACUAUCUGAAGAUGGGAGGAUGCAAAGAAAUCGCAAAUCAUUUCGUUGUGGUUGUCAAGCAUACAUGCGCAUUGUCAGGCGAGCAGAUUUUAAUGUCCCUGAAUGGCGUGUUACUGCCUUUAGUAACAUUCACAACCAUGAACUCUUAAAGACAAAUGAAGUAUGUCUUCUUCCUGCCCACUGCACCAUUACUCCAGAUGACAAAGCACGGAUUUGCAUGUUUGCAAAAGCUGGAAUGUCGGUGAGACAGAUGUUAAGAUUAAUGGAGCUAGAGAAAGGAGUUAGGUUAGGAUGUCUACUGUUCACGGAAAUAGAUGUGAGAAACCUGCUGCAAUCUUUCAGAAAUGUCAACCGCGAUAAUGAUCCUAUUGAUUUAAUUGCAAUGUGCAAAAAACUGAAAGAUGAAGAUCCCAACUUCCAAUAUGAUUUCAAAUUGGAUGGCCAUAACAGGCUGGAUCAUAUUGCAUGGACUUAUGCUUCAUCUGUUCAGUUAUACGAGACAUUUGGAGAUGCUGUGGUAUUUGAUACGACGCACCGUCUGGAUUCCUAUGACAUGCUAUUAGGUGUUUGGGUUGGAGUAGACAACAAUGGAAUGGCCUCUUUCUUCGGUUGCGUCCUUUUACGAGACGAAAACAUACAAUCUUUUUCCUGGGGGUUGAAGACGUUUAGAGGCUUCAUGAAGGGAAAGGCUCCACAAACCCUACUAAGUGACCAAAAUAUGUGGCUAAAAGAGGCUAUUGCCAUUGAAAUGCCUGAAACCAAGCAUGCCUUUAGCAUUUGCCACAUUAUCUCAAAGUUCUCAGAUUGGUUCUCUGUUAUGCUUGGGUCACGAUAUGAUGAUUGGAAAUCUGAUUUUUAUAGACUUUAUAGUUUGGAACAGUUAGAAGAUUUCGAAGAAGAAUGGAGAGAAAUGAUUGAUAAAUAUGGACUCCAUGAUAAUAAGCACAUUAUCAGCUUAUAUGCAUUGCGGAUGUUUUGGGCUUUGCCAUUCUUGAGGCCUUACUUCUUCGCAGGUUUGACGAGUUUAUGUCAAUCAGAGACCAUUCUUGCUUUCAUCCAACGGAUUUUGAGUGCACAGUCCCAACUAGAUCGUUUUGUGGAACAAGUGGCUGAGAUUGUUGAAUUCAAUGACCGGAUUGGUUCUAAGCAAAAGAUGCCCAGGAAACCGCAGAAAGUCUGCCUUAAAACAGGCUCACCUAUUGAAUCCCAUGCGGCUACCAUUCUUACACCUUAUGCCUUCGGUAAGCUCCAAGAAGAGCUUUUAUUGGCUCCACAAUAUGCAUCGUUUGUCGUCGAUGAAGAUUGCUUUGAAGUCAAACACCAUACUCAGAUGGAUGGAGGUUGCAAAGUGAUUUGGAUUCUUUGUGAAGAGCAGAUUAGUUGUAGUUGCCAUUAUUUCGAGUUUUCAGGCAUCCUUUGCAGGCAUGUUCUUCGUGUUCUAUCAACUAAUAACUGUUUCAGUAUUCCAGAUCAAUACCUGCCUGGCCGUUGGCGCAUAAAUAGUUCCCCUUCCACAAACCCACCAAAGAACGCAAUGAGAGAGCACUCUGAAAAGAUUCAGCUGUUAGAGUCCACGACUUCAAGACUUAUAGCCGAGUCAGUCGAAACAGAGGAACGUCUCGAUGUUGCAUGUGAGCAAACUGCCAUCGUUCUAUCCCGCAUCAAGGACCUUCCCAGGUCAACACAUAGUGCGAAUGAUAUCAUAUACAAUUGUCAAUCCGGUUUGAUCUUACCAGAGGUAGGAGAUACCGAUGGAAUUGUUCAAAGCUUCACGAUGGGGACUCCUCAUGAACCUCUCAGUUCAGGAAAGCUGAAAGAUAGAAGGCCAAGAGACGGGAUCGAUAUCACUCGAAAACAAAGACAAUUUUCCGGUUCUUACAGUGGACAGUUCGAGCAUGACUCAUCAGAUUGUCCAAUGAUGGGAGGGGACAAUUUGAAUGGGGAUGCAUUAGGAUACAUGUAGGCUAAAGCAUUAGAAGGUUUACAAACAAAAAAGUCUGAUGUUAUUGUUAGUUACUCUUCCAAAUUUC